AUGGAACCUUACCGUCUUACUGCGACCGAGAUCCUUGCCCGGUUUCGAGAUGGCUCGUUAACGGUGGAGAAGUAUGCCGAGUCACUGCUUUCGCGGAUUGACGAGCGGGAUCCCGUUGUGAAAGGGUGGGAACACAUUGAUCGCGAAUACGUUCUUGAGCAAGCUCGCGCUCUUGAUCAGGUACCUAUCGACAAGCGAGGUCCUCUCCACGGAGUUGCCGUGGGUGUCAAGGAUAUCAUAUACACAAAACGCAUGCCGACGCAGCAUAAUUCGGCCAUUUACAAAGACUUUAACCCCGGACUUGACGCCUCCUCAAUCGUAGUGCUAAAAGAUGCCGGGGCCCUUAUACUUGGCAAAACUACGACUACGGAAUUUGCUGCAACCAGCGUUGGUCCAAAGACCUGCAAUCCUCAUGGCCUGGAUCGCACACCGGGUGGUUCGUCUUCUGGAUCAGCUGCAGUUGUAAGCGACUUCCAGGCACCCCUUGCAUUGGGCACUCAAACAGGUGGAAGCACGAUUCGACCGGCAUCGUACAAUGGUGUGUUUGGCCUCAAACCGACGUGGAACUCGAUCUCCCGUGAAGGUGUCAAGUUCUUUUCCAUCAUCUACGACACCUUGGGUAUAUUCGCCCGCUCUGUGGAUGAUCUCGAGCUUGUAGCAGAUGUCUUCGGCCUGUCCGAUGAUGAGCCCCUCACAGACAGCUUUACUGUUAAAGGCAGCAAGUUCGCACUUGUCCGUACGCCGAUGUGGUCUGAUGCUGGCCCUGGGACGACAGCCGCCAUGGAAAAUGCAGCCAAGCUUCUGAGGGAGAAUGGCGCCGAGGUCGAGGAGGUCUCGCUGCCGCCAGAGUUUGAGAAGAUGAAAGAGUGGUACUGGAUUGCGCUACAAGGCGAAGGAAAAACUACGUUUCUUCAAGAAUACCGCACUGGCAAAGAGCACCUGCACCAGUACCUGGUGGAUCAGGUCGAGAAUCGUCGCAACAUAUCGCACGCCAUGUACCUGGAGGCGUUUGACGGCAUUGCUGCCCUGAGGCCGGUGAUUGACAAGAUUGCGAACCGAUACGCUGCAAUCCUCGCGCCAAGUGUGACUGAUAUUGCGCCGCUCGGUCGAGGCUUCACUGGGAACCAGAAUUUCAACUAUAUGUGGACGGCUCUACACACCCCCGUGAUCAACAUUCCGGGCUUCAAAGGAGAGGCGAACAUGCCUGUCGGAGUGUCAUUGGUCGCAGCAAGAUACCACGACAGACAUCUGCUGAACGUCGCAAAAGAAGUUGCAAAGGUCUUUGGGGUGGAUUGUGCGCACAAGCUCCCCUGA